ACUCGGUGAGAGGGGCGGGUCGCGCUCAGUGUUUACUUAUUUACAAUCCAACUUAGCUAGUACACUAGCACAUUCCACUUAAACCGGACGCACGUCCGCCGCCCGACGUGUGUCGCUGUGCAUUUAGUGUGAACUUUACAUUUAUAACAUUACUGCUGCAUUAUUUGUUGUAUUUGUGUGUGUAUGUGACACAGAUUUAUAUCAUCACUUUGUCACAUUUUACAUUGUGGUAAACAGCUGUGUUCACAGCUGAAGCGAGUAUGAAAUAAGAUGAAAUUUAGGUCAUGCCAAAUAAAUCCGGAGCAAGUGAGAUUGCUUCUAUUUAAGGAGUGUGACUGGAGGGGAAGGAAGCUACUUUUUGAUUCAUCAGCUAUACAGAAAGUGCCUGCAGGCAAAAAUGACAAGCCAAACAUCAAGCCAACUGAUGAGGCCCCAUGCAUUGUGGAGGUUUCAAAUGGAUUCAGUUAUUUGUACAAAGGGGCGUCGGAGGACGCGACGGUUCUCGGCGAGAUGAUAUUCGGCGCGGUCGCCAUGAACUACAAGAGCGUUUCCUUGAAGAUUCACAUCAUGGACGAGCCGAGAAGAUUGAUGUGCACGAAGAUCUUCUGCGUGCCGACGUCACGGCGCAUCAGCCGUGUGGAGCGCAAGACGGAGCGACGAGACGCGAGCAGUUGUGGCGACCUUCGCAACGGCUCGCAGCCCUUGAACGUCCCUCUCUUGAGGGAAGAGGGCGUGUCGCUCAGCUUCUCGCUGGAUAGGGGAGAUUCAGGUUUCUGCGGUGAUCAGUCCCCGUACAGCAGCGUCGGUUCUACAUACGACUACUUCUCCAUGUUUGAAUCUUGGGACGGAUGCAACAUUCAAGAUGAUCUCUACUCUUUUCACUAUCCACCUGGUCGCAAGUUGAGUACGUCGAGCAACGGCAGCUGGCAAAGGAGAACGUUCCAGAACAUGGCGACAAAAUUCAGCAUCGGCCAUCAAAGUUCCAACUUGCUCAGCGUGCCUUCGAGUUUUAGUAAUGGCACCAGUAGUGAUUCGCAGAUAUACAGCAACAGUUCAACAAGCGACAGCCUGACGAGUGGCGUUUCUACGAUGUCGCAGCGGAAGAACAAGCUGGGCUUGGCCCUGCUCAUCACUGUCAACGACGCUGCUGAAAUGAGUCUCGUGCGGCGAUGUCUGGAGCACUCUCCCCAACUGCAAGCGAUGGUGUGUCGGCUGCGAUUGGCGACUCUGGCGGCCGGCGCUAGCGGCGGGUUCGUGUCCACGCUGUACAAGGCCGCGGAAGACGCCGCUAGAUGGUUGUCGGACCUGGUGUACGGGCCGCGGCUGCAGCCGGUGUGGCUGAGCGUGGUGACGAGCGACGCGCGCGCAGCGAGCAACACCGCGGACGCGCUGCUCGCCGACCUGUGCGCCGUGCUCAGCCUCGCCGACACCAAGGACACCAACUUCUUCGUCAGCACACUGUUAACACACAUCCUCACGUACCACCUCGGCUGGGUGACCACCGUCAGUCCUUACGACACCAUCGAUUACCACAAGGCGACCAUCGGGGACGAGGUGGAAUCUAAGCGGCCAUACAACGCGCUGUGGGCACAACUCAACGAUCUCUGUGGGAACAUCGGGUUCCCGCCGCGAGCCGCUCGCACCAUCAUCAGCGGCGCCACCAACACGCAGUUCAUCAACAGACUGCUCGUCGUGUUGACUUACUUCUUGCGCUGCGGCGACGUCAGGCGGAGUGACUUCCAGUUCCAGAAGUGUUCACCAAAAGAGACCAAAGUGGUGCACGUGACGAGGCCCGAGGGGGGCAUGAAGCGUACCGCCACGCAAGUGAAUAGGCUAGCGCAGUUCGAUUCCGUGGAAAGUUUAAAAGUGCCAGUGAAUACUCAGAACAGUGACAGUAGUGUGAGUACGUUAGCUGCCAGCGACGUCAGCAUCAAGAGGUCCGCGACGCUGGCCAAUUUAACACUAAAGCUCUCUAACAGUGCGGACUUCAGCAAGCAGGACGGCGGCUCCACUAGCGACAGUCUCGUGGUCGGGCAGCUGAGGAGGAACACCACAAUGUUGCUUUCGUCCAAGGCCUCUUCGGAUUCUAGUCUUAACUCGGUGGUCUCGGAUGAGCCCGCGCAGAAAGUCGUAUUCGUGUUAGGUGAUAACGAGAAGUUGGUUGGACUGAAGAACAAAUCGGCUGACGGCAAGAGCGUGAAGAAGUCUUCUAAGGUCCACAACGAGCCGCUCAACCUGGACAUCGCGGAGACCAAGACGGAGGGCUGCACGAAGGACAGCUGCGAGCAGAACAACGGCGCCGACAGCCCGUCCAAGUGCUGCGGGCAGAUACUUCAACAUUCCAAACCUAUAAAACAUUCCGGUUUUAAGUUCGAGUUCGAUAAAUACCCACAGAUAGUCACUAAUUAUAUGAAGAGUAAAAACUUAGAGAUACUUGACAGACAUUACAUCGGCAAACCGGGGAAUUUGAAGUUGGACAACUUCCAGUUCGAUCCGACGGUCGUGCCGCCGAUACAGGAGGAGCGCUGCGAGACGUGUGUUAAGUGCCAGCUCAUGGAGUCCAUGCUGCAGACGCCCACCAACGCCUCCGAGAUGGAGUACAUGAACGACAUCCCGCGCCAGCUGGAGCCGCAGCACGCCAAGGAGACGAUUGUAGACGACGCGCAGCAACGCGAGAUGUCGCCUAAGACGUUCGUACGGCGGCGGAAAGAGAACACUGUCGUCGUGAACGUCGCCACGCCGGAGGCAAACCAGAAUGUGUCGGAACCGAAGAGGCCAGAGGGGAAGAAGAGGGAGAGGGAGGGCGACAAGCUGAUAGACGUGAAGGAGGUGCUGGAGUUCUCGUUGCCGCCGCUGUGCGUGUCGUGCAAGGCGGCGCCGCUGUCGGCGCGGUCGGGGUUCGACGCGUCGCUGCUGGGCGGCCUCACUGACCACUACGUACCUGAUUUAAUAUUACAAGGAACAAUCGCAAACCCGAAGUUGUGGGAGAUGGAACUGAGGCGGGACUUGGAUCUCACAUCCUUUCUAAACAAAACGUUAGAAUCGCCGCUGCAGGCGGUCGCCAUCGUAGCCGAUACAAAUAAUUGGGAGGUGCGAGUGGUCGGACGGGAGUGUGGGUCGGGUGGCAUGUCGUCGUUAGUGGGUUCAAUGCUCGACGCGUUACCGCUCAUGUGGAAGGCGAAAGUGCCCGCUCAUCAGUGUCUAUCAUUCUUGGAAGGGAAGCUUCGUGAAUUCUGCGUGCUGUCGAAAACACUAGCGGACAUGUUGAUGUCAACCGACUUCUGCGACAUCGCGACGUUGACGAAGUCUCUCAACGUGGACGUGAACGAUGUUCCGCUGCUGUUGGCCGUGGCGACUACCCACACACCUCAGGUGGCGACGCGAUAUGGUAUUAGCUAUAUGUAGUCUGGUAGCGUGUGAGUUGGUACCAUGGUUGCUUUUUACUUGAACUAUAAUGUUCCAUAGUACAAAGCGUGUUGGUGGUGGCUAAAUAUAGCAGCCACUGUAACUUACAUGCAUAUAUGCAGACUCCAUGUGCGUUUUUGUGAGACUAAAACAGAUCUAUUUAUAAAUAGAAUAAUGCUAAACCAAGAUACAACUCUAAAAUUACAUUUUUUAGAUCUAUCGUGGUACCAAUUAGCAGUAAAGCUUUACUCAAUUGAAUGUUAGGUUUAAAUCUAAGAUACUAGCGUUCCGCCCCGGCUUGGCUUAAACAAUUCGCAUUGUGUGCAAGUCUAUGAAAUGUUCUAAACGAUGCUCAAAACAGCAUCAAAAUCCAUCAAGUAGUUUAGAAAGCUAAGAAUACACAAACGACUUUGUUUACACUUAGAUUAGAGGGGAUAAGUAGAAAGUGUCGUAAAGUACGCCUCGUGAUACAUUCCUGAGUUUUUUUUUGUAGGAAUAACAACAUAAUAUUAGUAUCCUUUAAACUUAUAAUUUAAUGAGCAUAAUAAUUGUAUUGUAUGUAAUGUACAAUGACUUCUAUUGUAUGCGCUUAUGGUAGUACGCGUUUCCCAACAAAAAUAUGGCAUAGGAAUAGUCGUUAGUCAGGCAUACUUUACUCUUUCCCUUUUAAUAUUUUAACUAUCGUACUCAGCUUUAUUUCUGGCAACUCGUAAGCAGCUAAGUUGGCAAUGUUUGAUACUAGUCUGAACAAAUGGGUGGGAACUUGUACGUUACUUCACUUCCAAAUAUGUAUCGAAUUAUAUACCUUGUGACGUCACUCGUGCGUAGUAUUAUGACGUCAUUACGUGUGUAGUGGGGCGGGGACAUUGCUUGGCUCCGGUUGUGGAUGCUUGGAAGUUAGAACGCCAUAUGGAUAGGUGAAACGCUUUUUGACAUCUGACACAUUUUACAAAUUAUUAUUGGAGUUUGAACUACACGCGUAGUUGUGACGUGUUGGUGGUAAUUAUAAACGUGUUAUUGUCAUAUUGAUUAAAGUCCAUGAUGUAUAUUUCGCACCUUUAGAAUUACUAUGACGCAAGUGCAAAAAGCCGUUAAAUUGACUUCAUAAUCCACAACAUUUGAAAAGUGACAAACUAACUGUAACAUCGACUUUCGUGUAAUUUCGUGAUUUUAAAGGUGCGGUUUAAUAGUCGGGCUAAUUUAUUACAGAAGCAUACAUGAUGCGACGGUCUCACGGACUGGCUUAUCAAUAAGAAACAUUCGAUUUUGUGUGGCAAUUGCCAAUGUGAAACGUUUUCGAACAUAGCGGACCCGUAAACUGUCUACUUUGUUCUGUUCCAUAGGACUGCCCAUGCGACCGUCUCAUCGUGUAUAGCCUUCACUUUCAAAACAUUUUGUCAUAUUUUGUUAUAGCAUGCAAAACAAUUAAUUGCAUUAUGAAUAUGCAUAAAGCAAAGAUAAUUUGAUAAGAGUUACAUAAAAUUGCUAUCGUCGCUCAACAAUACGUCUCAAGCUCCAUUAAUGUAUUAAACCAAACCAAAAAUGUAUUUGUUAAAUUAUAAAUUUUGUUGAAAAUUGUAUAACAUUGUGCUCACUUGAUCGGAUUUUGAAUUAAUAACACGAGAACAUAAUUUAUAAAUAUUAUUAUGAUUAAUUUAUUUCUGUCAAUGAUUAUAAUAAAUUAUAAACGAUAUAAAAUAUCAAUUUGCAAUAUUGGGAAUAAAUAUACUCAAACAUAAUCAAGUGAGUAACUAAAAAAAUGAGCAAUGGGUUCUUUGCUUGUUGGAGAAAAGUGAAUGUUUCAAAGAAACUGAUGCUUUAAUUGUGUGAGAGAUGUGAUAGAUUCAUGUCGCAUGUGAUAUGAUUGGUCGAGGUUUUGUGAAGGCCUAUGUAUGUAUUGUGAUAUCGAUAAACAAAAAAUAUAUUUAUAUGUAAGGCUUAAAAGCUGUACGUACAAGUUACAUAUUAUUUCUUUAUGUUUUAUGGGGAUUUGAAAGAAGUAAACCAUGUAAUUUUGAAGCUAUCUGAGAACAAUAUUACUGAAUUUUGUAAUAAACAUGACUUAAGAACUAUGCGGACAUAUAUUUUGAAUCUAAUAAAGACUGUUAAAUUAUACAAUUAUUGAUAUAACGUGAUGUCGUUCUUAGAAAGCUUCUAAAUCGUAGUCAAUGCAUUGUUUUCAAACAAAAAUGUCAUCUUAUUUCUAAACUGAUCGUUAAUAAUACGAUUGAAUUGAAUGUAGUCACAGUUGCGCAAUUUAUUUAAACCUAGUCUGAAGUUAGGAACGAGUGACGUAGUAAAUGAAAGAAAAAUGCAAGUUGUCCAUUACUUUAUAAAAUCAAUGCGAAUUGGGAGUUCGUAAGAGUUAGAGACGAUUGAACUUACUAACUUCAGAUCGGUCUAGUUAAAUUGGAUGCAUUAUACAUUACCUAGAUAAUGUAUUGUCCGUCUAGAUGGCUAUCAGAUCAAUGCAUUCGUUAUCUUCAAAUUCAACUACAUUGGCAUCUAAAACAGGCAGGUUUUCUUGCAGUUUAUGUAGUGAUCAGCUAUCUGAACGGGUAACAAUCGCAAAACUGCAAAUUUUGCAAUUAAACUGAUGACAUUAAUUUCAAAAUUUAUAUAGAGUGGAAUUAUAAGAUUGUAAGUUGGCUUACCGGUUUGCCAUAUUCUAUUUAAUUAAAACGUACGAGCCUUAUGUUAUAUCAGAAUGUGUGUACCGUAUGAUUACACAUUGUUUAAUAAUACUCAAUGGUCAGCACAUGUGUAAUAUUGGCAUCGUUGGUUCACUAUUACAAAGUACUAUGUUCAUUUUUACUUAUAUUGCAAAAAUAAUAUUUUUUUUUUUUAUAUUGGUAAUAAUUAGUAAAUACAAUGAUGAACUUUUCCUCCUUUAUCUUUCGGGAUUAUUGGAAAAUUUUCACUGAAAAAGGCUUAAAAUCAUGUUAUAUAUGUAAUUCAAUUUACACAUCAAAUGAUCUUAUGUUAAUAGGACCUUGUAAUAGUGAGCCGACGAUAUCUGUGGUGUAUAUCUAACCUGAACUUUUGAACACUUAAGUACCUUAUCAGUUUGUAUUCAAGAGGGUGAUAUGUAUAGUUAUUUUUUUAAGUUAUCCUUUUUAUUGUAAUUAAUAUUUUUUUAUACCUUAAUUAAUAAAUUAUUUUUUUUCAUAUUGAA